CGGCGCUGGAAGAAACUCACCGGUCGGUCACAGUGGUGUUUUCUCUUUUUGGGGGGGAGGGGGGAUUGACCACAGUGUGCCAAACUAUUCUACAGUAUCUAGAAAUUUGCGACUGCACGAUUUUUGGGUGGUUGACUGCAGGGUCCACACGCCAUAGUACCUUGUUCUUAGGGGUCUUAGGGAUUUGAAGCCACCUCAUUCAUGAGGUGUUUUACAUGAGUGCGUCGAGUUUUUCCGUUCAGCACAACGGUUCCGAUACUUGGAUUGAUGAUGACGAUGAUGAUGGUGAUGAUGAUGCUGAUGAUGAUAAACGACGACAACAAUGGGUCGUUACGAGUCAUCAGUAGUUUUGGAUAGUUUUGGUAACUUUGACAUUGUUCAUCGUAUCAAAUGUUUGAGAUCAAUGGUCGUUCACUCCUUCUGCAACUGUCACCAGUGGAGCACAAUGUUCGGUUGCUUAUAUCAACUGCUCCUAUUUUCAGAGGGAUAUAUGCAAGUAGGACCAGCACCAGGUGGCUGUGACUGCAAGUACCCUCCAAAAGCGUUUCUCAAGCAAUAGUGGAACAGCAAAGCGGCAGGGUGUGGCAAGUUCAGCGUGAACAAAGACAGGAGUCUUCAACAUGCGCCGACUCUGUCGUUGGAGUCUUCCGCAAGUGUGCAAAAGUCCUUCAGCAGCGUGCACAAUCCAUAGGAUUGUUGUUUUGGGUUGGCAUGGAUUUGGGACUUCGAAGAAGAUCAAGAAGCUACCGCAAACCACACUCUUGGUUGAUGCAGAUGUACACAGUGUCGAAGAGAUCAGGCAAGCAAUCAGCCGUUUGAAGGAUGAGGGCGGACUGGUCCGCACAAAGAUUUUUGCUGAACCCGCAAGACAAGACAACAAAAAAUGGGGUCGGCUGAUCAAAGAGCAAGGUGUCGCAUUCUGCCCGGUUCAUCGAGCAACUAUUGUUGACCAUGCCAAACAGCCCAACGAUGAAGCAAUCACCUUGGCCAUGCAGGAGCUAUCUGGUCAGAGUCAUAGUUGUCAUGAUGGAGUGGCAUUGCUGACAUCUGAUUUGGGCUUUCUCGUGGCCGUGCUCAAAGCCCAGGCUUCAGGGCUGAGAAUGACAGUGGUGAUCCCUGAGUACAAAUAUUCAACGCUUAGAGGAUACAAUGACUCGGGUGUGAAGGUUUUAGAGCUAGAGACAGGGAGUCAAGAAAGAGGUUCACGAGUUAGAGCCAUUCUUCACACAAAUGGAGACGGUUCGGUCAAGCUUGUUGCUGAUGCCUACAGGUCGUUUGACAACACCAAAGGAGGCGAGUUUGUAAGGGGGGUUCUGCAAGAAUUGGGAUAUGCAACUGGAAAGUAUUUGACACCAGCCUGUGCUAAAUUCUGGUUUGCACAUGGCUUGGGAUCGUUAGUGGUGUUUCCUGAUCAGCUUUCAACACUGGCAGUGCAGAAGGCCAUCAGUCAGUCAUCGAGGGCCAAGUCAUGGAAGCGGUACAAUGACAACUUGGCGUUUUUCGCACCUACUCGUCGAGUGGCUCGAAGUGGCACAUAUGGGAGCAUAUUGGCUCAUUCUAUCUUCCUUGCAGGUGGCCCAUUCAUGUUGAAGGAUUCACCAUUGCUAGUAUCUCAGGCCUUGAGGAGGCUCGGUUAUUUGGACGACGAGAUGAAUGCGGAUGAGUCAGAGGCGAUGUUCAAUUUUGUGAAUGUGUCGGCAAACAAGGUAAUGCUGAGGAUGAUUGGCAUCUUGCCAUGUCUUGAAGAUAGUAGUGCGGAGGUGAGAGAGAAGCUUCGGGUAGCAUUUUUGUCGCAUGAAUCUAGAUCUCAGUGGCAAAUGCUUGGUGGCACGAGUGAGCGCGUGCAGCAGAUUCUGCUCAAAGAAAAGCUCCUGGCCAACUCGCAUUUUGGAUGCAAAUCUUGUCAAAUCCUCGAUGCAAUGAAGGCUUAUGUCAAGAAAUUCCAGCUUGAACACAAGAAAACCUUCAAUGCACUGGCUCGUGUGAUUAUCCAUCACAGUGACAAGAGCCCAUCAAAGCGUGCGAUGAUUGAGUUCAAACUGUAAUGCUGAGCUUCUUGUUAAAGCUAGCCGUUUUUAAGUGAGCAAACGCUGAGUUGACAUGCGAGAACAACGAAGCGGUGCUGGGUGCAACACAGACGUGCAUUUGUGAUCGUUAAUGUUCGAGCUAG